AUGAUGUCCAUACACCUCCGGAUGGUGAGCAUGACCCACACGCUUUACGUGAGCCUGGAAUCCGUUGUGCUUGUCCGACGAGUACUCGACCACUCGCUCAGUUCCAUCGGCCUCAUGCAGGGGCCAACGUCAAUGUUUCUGUGGCUAGCGGUGGAAAAUGCAACGUUUUAUUUCGCACUCAAGAACUCACCGGGAACCAGAAACGACCGUGGGGACGAUAUAAAUAACCAAAGCGGUCAACGAGACACCAUCAUUCAGCAAACAAACGUUCUACCGAUCAGCAGAAGCAGCAACAGUCCAGCAAAACCCAACCCAACUCAACUAACAAUGUUCAAACUCAUCGUUCUGACUCUUGCCUGCCUGGCUGUGGCUGUCUCGGCUCAAUACUGGGGUGGAGCUGGCUACGGAUACAGCGGUGAACAUUAUGGACAUCAUCACGAUUACUAUUCGCAUCCGAGCUACAAGUUCGAGUAUGGCGUGAAGGAUCCUCACACUGGUGACCACAAGAGCCAGUGGGAACAUCGAGAUGGAGAUGUCGUCAAGGGAGCCUAUACCCUGCAUGAGGCCGAUGGAACUGAGCGAGUGGUCGAGUACUCGUCGGACAAGCACAACGGAUUCCAGGCUCACGUGAAGCGUGUGGGUCAUGCUUACCAUCCAGCCGUGUACGGACACCAUGGAGGAUAUUAUGGUGGAUAUAACCAUGGACAUGGAGCCGGAUACAGCUACAGCAAGCUGGACCAGCACUUCUAG